UGAGGGUCAGACCGUAUACUGUAUUGAUGAGUCCGCUAUCACACUGCUUCACUGACAAGUCAUGAUAAUUUUUUACAAAAUAGUAGUUUUUUUUCGCAAUGGAUAACUCGUUUUUCGGAUUCGACACAACUAUACCGGAGGACGAAGGUGGCGAUGGGCGCAUUGGAGAAGAAGAAUAUGAUGCGCUCAACGAUGAAACCUUUGGGUCUGCAAUAAAUGGAGAUUGGGAAGAAGCUCAUGAAACGCUGGUGCGCCUUGGCGGAAAUGGCGACAAAGUUCGCAAGAGAGGUGGUUUCGCUGAUAGAAGUGCAUUCGGGGGACUUUCAGCCGGUGGCAACGGCGUGCCCAGACAAACGAAUGUGCUUUCAUCAGCUCCCUCGUCGAGUGGCUCAACACCUGCGCCAUUCAACGCACCUUUUCCUGGCACACGAAAUAUGGAAGACGCAGACUUGGAGCUGAAUCUGUCUUCCAUGAAGUUAGAUGAUGUCGACAUUUCCUCUUUUCUCGAUAGCGAAGUGGGCAACCUUAGCAAUCGCAUUAACUUGGACUCUGCAGUAUGGGCGUCGCCGCCGUUUCCGAAUAACCAACCGUUAUUUCAGGAAGGCUUUCGCAGUGCGUUUAGGCCGCAAACGCAGAUGAAACUCCAGCAAGAGGCCAAUGCAAAUUUAGCAUUACAUCAUAUGCAUCCUCAAGCUGGUCCUAAAAUCUCGACCCUUGAGGAUAUUGAACGCAAUUUAAUCAUUCAGCAAGCAAUACCGAAGCUGCAACAGCAACAGCAACCAAAAGAUCGGAAAGCGUUUGAUGAAUUUAGCCUGGCUAACCGGCAGCAUGGGCUACCAUCAACAAUACCGCUGCAACAGCAACAGCAGCAGCAGCAGCAACCUAAACCACAAAACAAAGGUGAGCAUAUACCAAAUCAUUUGCACACACCAGCACAUGCUAUAACAAAAUUAAUUGCAGUGCCACCUGGAUUCUUGACAGCGCCGCAAAUCUCGCCACCAAGGACAAAUCUGGGAUUCCAUGGCCCCCAUCCGUUACCCGAGAUGUUGCCAAAUCCCCAAUCGCAACAACAACUGAAUGGUUUGGCAGGAAAUCGGGUGCCGCCUGGGUUCAUCUACCCACCAGGUUUGCCAGGAAGUAUGCCCCAAUUGCAACAGUAUCCACUGCUCCAACAACACGGUGCCUGUGCCUUGCCCCCAAACUUUCCUCUAGCCGGCAAUCAGCGUCCACUGCCAACCCCACAUCUGCCCACAGCCCUAAACAACUUUGCAAUGCAUCCAAGUUUCAAUGCAAUGCGAGCUGCUGGCUUGCAUCCGGCGGCCUUUAUGCAGCCUGCGCAUCCACUCCAACACCCACAGUCACGAAUGCCCCCACAUCCUUUGCAGGCAGCCAACAAUCUGCUCAACCAGCAGCAAAACUCUAUGUUCAAUAUGUUCAACAUGCGCCUCGUGCAGGAGAUCCAACAAAACCAUCCGCUUCUUCAGCAAAAUGCGGUCGUUGCGCGCCAGCUCCAGCAAAGUCGGGGCGGAUCUGUCCCUAGCGAUCAGCGUCAAAAGCAACAACUACAGCAGCAACAGCUAAAUAGACGUCCAGAUGCAUCUGGGAACCUUCCGCAGGAUGAAUACGACGAAUAUGCAAAUCUAAUGAGCACACGGGACAAGCACUGGCUGAUCGGUAUACAGUUGUCACAGCUGAAUACAGACACCCCCUACAUUGAUGACUACUACUACACGGUCUACAGAGAGCGCAAGGCCCUGCAGAAUGGUCAGGUGCGACACAGUCAGGCCCACAAAGACAACCAGUUGAACCAUCCUUUAACGCAACCCAGAGGCCAUGCACAACUUAUACUCGUUCAGUUGGGCAACAAAAACGGCACACGCAACGGACAUGGACAGAACCGCGAGCGGCGGAACUCGGAAAACACGAACACUUGCAGCACGGGUGUCAGCACAAAUAAUGCAGUAAGUGGCAGUGGAGGGACCAACAACACUUUACCGGGAUACAUUUUCUCGCCUCUGAAGUUCGAGAAUUCGCUUGGUAAAUUGCAAUAUGGCAGUGUGACAGCUCCACGUAAAAUAAUUGACGCUGACAUCAUGGGCGGUGAGGCUAGCCUCGGGGAUAUAGCAGGAAGCUCGGCCACUUCAUCGAUGAGCACAAUGAGCGGGGUAAAUGCAAAGUCUAACGCCGGGACACCACUUCUGCCAAGUGCUUGUUGUGAUAUCACACCCAGUAGUAUGCGCAAAUCGCGUCACAUUUUAUUGCUGAUAGAAACGCUGUAUCGCUAUCUACUGAAACUAGAGGACCUGGAAAAUACAGACGUUAUGGCCACGAUUGUUCUGAAGAAAAAGAAGGAGGCCGAACGAAUUGCAGCUCUAGAGCAGCUUGAGAUGGCAAACAAAACACCUGAAGAGCGAGCCGCCGAAGCAUCUAAUCCACAAAGUAUCAAUCCACAGCUGAACAAUAAAUUCAACUACGAAAUAGAGACGACUGAUGCCCUGGUAAAUAAACUAAAGUCAGGUUUGACUUUUGACAAGGUCGUAGCUAUGAUGAAUGUGCGCAAAGGAAAGAUACUUUUACGUCGCGUUAUGCCGUUUCUUACUGAGCAUAGUGUGUGCUGGACAGUGUGGAGUGGAGUCUUCUGCUCGCUACAGACUGUUGUAAAGAAGGACAAAGACGAUUUUGAGGGCGUUCUCUAUGCUCUGUACCCAGAAUUCAAAAAGCACAUCAGCAAAGCCAGCUUUGAAACAGUCGUCACCAUUUCAGCGGCAAUCACGCUGAACGACAAUAAGCUAACGGGAAUUUUCUGCAGUCGCUUUGGGAUCUUAUCGCUUGUUGCCUUGAUACUUCGUGCCCAAGAAAUAUACGUGUCCAAAACUGACCCAACGCUUAGCGACGCAAAUAGGCAGGAAUGGCGCAAGUUUCUUGCGCAGGUAGCGUCUUGCCUCACCCGAACCAUACAGAAUCAGACUAUCUCCGCAGCCAUUGAGUCAGAUGCGAUUCAACCGCUAAUGGACCAUUUUGAAAAUUUUAAAGACCUAAAACUCGAUGCCCUUCUAGCAUUGAUAACUGAGGCCAGGCAUCAAAUCGAUUAAUUUGUCUACUAUUUUUUAAAGAAGUUUAUGCUUAUUUCUUAAUUAUGCAUAUAUUUGCAAAAAUUAUGUAUCCAAUUACUUACAUAUUUACAAUCGCGUUUACUUUUAUGGUACUAUACAAAGCGAAAAAAAUAAGAAUAGUGCUACAGGGUAUUUCAAAUCUCGCAAAGAAAAUUGGGAACGUACUCAACCUUUAAUAAACUUUGAUUUGAUAAGAGUCUCUUGGUUUCUAAAAGCUCUUUAUUUAAAAUGUGUGUAACUGUAAAAGAGAGAAAUAUGUUUUUGUGUUUUUUAUAUAAUAAUACAGUAUGAAGGUCUUUCUCAUUGUACAUACUUGUAUAUCAUUUGUAUUUGUUAAGGAAAACUUGUUCCCUUCAGCAUUUUCUGCAGACAUUUAUGAUAAUUAAUCCAAUCCAGCAUAUGAUGUGCGAAUGAACAUUCGAAACGUUUCCUUUUUUCAUUCAUGGAAGAGCAGAAGUGGUAGUGGUAGUUGACAACAAUUGUUCAUAACCCUCGACAGGAAGUGAAAAUUAAUUUAGCUAACUACGUUUAUACAUUUUUAAGCACCGGCGCUCAUGCAUACUCAUAUACUCGUAAAAUGUAAACAAGUAAUCAUAAAUAAUUACACACUUAGUUUCUGGUAUUUGUAAAUAUCGGUUUUAUAAAGUUUCUUCAAACAA